AUGUCGAUCUUCGACGGAGCUUUCAUCAACACACAGCUCUCGAAACACACAUCGAUCUUCGGUCUCCGUUUAUGGGUUGUCAUCGGAAUCUUAAUAGGCGUCGCCAUCGUUUUCAUCCUCUUCCUCAUCUCCCUCUGUGUAGUUUCCCGCCGCCGCAACCACCGCCGUACUGGCGACUACAAAAUCCCCGGCGCCACUCCUGCUAAGGAAAUCCAACAGAUCGUACACAUUCCAGGUCCCCACAUGCUCCGGCGACCAGCUCCGGCGAAUGUACCGGAGAUCCACGUGGACAUCGGGAGGCAAGAACACAGAGUGGUGGUUAAAUCGGAUAAAGUUUCAAGUGGUGAGAGUAGAGGAACAGCGGGAAGUGGGUGUGAUACGACGUCGUCUUUUGGGAGUGGAAGUGUCGGUGGAAUUGGACCUGAGGUAUCACAUCUUGGUUGGGGAAGAUGGUACACUCUGAGAGAGCUUGAAGAUGCUACUGGUGGGUUGUGUCCGGAAAAUGUUCUCGGUGAAGGUGGCUAUGGAAUUGUUUAUCAUGGAGUACUCACUGAUGGUACUAAAGUUGCUGUCAAAAACCUCUUGAAUAACAAGGGCCAAGCAGAAAAAGAAUUCAAAGUCGAGGUAGAAGCAAUUGGUCGAGUGCGUCAUAAAAAUCUUGUUAGGUUGCUUGGAUACUGUGUUGAAGGGGCCUACAGGAUGCUUGUGUAUGAAUACGUCAACAAUGGCAAUCUAGAACAGUGGUUGCAUGGAGAUGUUGGACCUGUAAGCCCUUUGACAUGGGAAAUACGCAUGAACGUUAUAUUGGGAACGGCGAGAGGCUUGGCCUAUCUUCACGAGGGUCUUGAACCGAAGGUUGUUCACCGAGAUGUGAAAUCAAGCAACAUCCUCAUUGAUCGUCAAUGGAACUCCAAGGUUUCUGAUUUUGGGCUUGCCAAGCUUUUGUGUUCCGAGAAUAGUUAUGUCACGACUCGAGUAAUGGGGACAUUUGGUUAUGUUGCACCAGAAUACGCUUGCACCGGAAUGCUGACUGAGAAGAGUGAUGUUUAUAGCUUUGGGAUACUUAUCAUGGAGAUAAUAACCGGGAGAAGUCCCGUCGAUUAUGCUAGACCACAAGGAGAGGUUAAUUUAAUAGAGUGGUUGAAGACUAUGGUUGGUAAUCGAAAAGCUGAAGAAGUAGUUGAUCCUAAACUACCCGAGUUGCCAUCUUCAAAGGCUCUUAAACGCGCUCUACUAAUCGCUCUUCGGUGUGUUGAUCCAGAUGCAACAAAAAGGCCUAAAAUGGGACAUGUCAUUCACAUGCUUGAGGCAGACGACCUAUUAUUCCACAAUGAUCGCAAAACUGGAGGAGAGUCUUCACGAUCCUCCCUUCACGAUUUUCAACAAGAGCACGAGAACUCGAGUUUGGACAAGAGAACAACAGAUGAAGGAAUCAGUGUUGAAAGUGAACAUGGUAGUGGUAGAAGUAAUCAUCAACCUACUAGGGGUAGAUGA